AUGAGCAUUAAAUCCAUUACGAUGACACAUUACAACUCAAUAAUGGGCUUAAUGAAAGGACACUAUGAUACAUUCAAAGCAUUACAUCAGUCAAAUCUUGAAAAUGAUGAAGAAAUUAACAGAGUUUAUGGAUUGAUAGAAACAAACUUGAUCAAAACGAAAAUGUUUCAAUUCAGUGAAGUAAUUAAUUUAUUUUCAACUCUGUUUGUAUAUAAAAACAAAAAUAACAGAUCAAAUUUUAAAAUUUUUAAAAGAGUUUACGAUAACUAUCCUCCAGCUCAAGACGAACAACUAUCACCCCCUUUUUGCUAUUAUUUAGCAAAACUAUACAAGAUUCAUGUGAAUUCAGUGAACCAUUUUGUUGAUAAAGCAUUAGAAUCAAAAAAUCCACCAUUAGGUGUUUUUCCCAACAAAACAGUCAUGAAAGCAAUUAUGAAUGAUGACAUAAAAUCGUUAAGUGCAUAUGCUAGCAAUGAAAAAUUUAAUUCAAACGAAACAAUUAUAAACGAAUUUAUGAUUCCACCUUGCGAAUACAACUAUCUCGAACUUUGCUGCUAUUAUGGUUCAGCUGAAUGUUUCAUGUUUUUGAGGUCUAAAUUUAAUACGAAAAUAACUGAAAACUGUCUUUUGUUUUCAUUUCUCGGUGGAAAUUUAAAAAUUGUUAAUGAAUGUUUGUUGUAUCAAAAACCGAAUCAAAAAUGUAUGGAAUAUGCAAUAUUUUCAUUCAAUAAAGAUUUGAUAUUGCUUUUGGUAAACAAAUACAAAAUACAAAUUGAGCCUGAACAAUGUUCACAAUGUGAUAAUAUUGAAGCAUUUGCAUUAUUGAUGGAACAAACAAUAGAUUAUGACAAAAUUUUUGCAAUUGCACCUAAGUUUCAAUUACUUGAAAUAAUGAAAUAUUUAUAUCCAUUGGUUAAAAAUAUUAAUGUAGUAGAUAAAGAUGGAUGGACAGCGGUGAUUUUAGCAUCGUAUCUUAACAAUAUUGAGAUUCUGCAAUUUCUCAUCUCAAAUGGUGCAAAAGUCAAUUUGGCAGAUAACCUAGGGAAAACUCCACUUAUGAUUGCAGUUAAUUUAAAUCAUUUCCAGAUUGCAAAACUCCUCGUUAAAAAUUCAGCAGAUAUUAAUGCUAAAGAUAAACAAGAUAUGAGUGUACUUCAUUAUGCUGUCAAAGGUAAUAAUCUAGAGAUUUUCAAAUUAUUAAUUUCACAUGAUGCAAUUAUUCAUGUCACUGAUCGGGAUGGUAUUUCUCCAUUUGAUUCUGCACUUCAUAUGUGUAACAUAGAAAUAAUAAAGUAUCUCAAAUCUAAAGGUCUUGAAAAAUGUGGGAAGUUCCAAAGAGCAUUGAAUGAUAAAAAUAUUAAUUUAAUUUUACGGAGUGCAGUAAUUUCAAAUCAAUUAGAUGCUGUGAUUAACUUACUAAAUGCUGGAAUUAAUCCAAAUAUACCUGACCCAUAUGGUUAUACACCAGUUCAUUAUGCAAUUGGACUUGGAUUUUCUGAUAUGUUCAAAAUACUUGAAAUGGCUGGCGGUAAAAUUAAUUAA